GCAGCCGGGCAGAGUGUAGGCGCUGGCCGCCAUGUUGAGCGCUUUGUGUAGUUAUAAAUAAAGAUCGGCGGACUUCCGGGCGGUGUAUUGGUUGCUGGCCGUGACAGUUUGAAUUUCUUUUUGUGGGGGGGAAGUCGAUUUACGGUUUGGUUGGAAGCUCUUGAUUUCACCCGAGGCUCAACCUGAACCGGGAGCCAUGAGAGAGAUGUUCACGAAUGGCCAUCUGGAGGUCCAGCCUCAGAGACACUAUGGCAUUACCUCCCCAAUUAGUUGGGCUGGUCCCAAAGACCUUGAUCACCUCUACACCCAGAAGCUGAUGGAAGCCAUGAGACCUUUUGGAGUUUUUGAAGAUGAUGAAGAACUCCGUCACAGGAUGUUUGUUCUGGGAAAACUGAACAAUUUAGUCAAAGAAUGGAUUGCUGAACUUGGGGAAUGUAAGAGUCUCCCGCCCACUAUAAUAUCUGUUGCUGGGGGAAAGAUCUUCACUUUUGGUUCCUAUCGCCUCGGGGUGCACACUAAAGGUGCUGAUAUUGAUGCCCUCUGCGUUGCUCCCAGACAUGUAGAGCGAUCAGAUUUUUUUCAGUCAUUUGUUGAAAAGUUGAAACUUCAGGAGGGGAUAAGAAAUGUCCGGGCUGUUGAGGACGCCUUUGUUCCUGUAAUAAAGUUUGAAUUCUUUAAUAUUGAGAUUGAUUUGGUUUUUGCAAGACUACCCUUACAAUGUAUCCCUGAUAAUUUGGACUUGCGUGAAGAUUCAUGGUUAAGAAGUUUAGAUAUAAGGUGCAUAAGAAGCUUAAAUGGUUGCAGAGUUACAGAUGAAAUUUUGUAUCUAGUACCAAAUAAAGAAAAUUUCAGAUUAACUUUGAGAGCCGUCAAGCUAUGGGCAAAGAAACGUGGAAUUUAUUCUAACAUGUUGGGCUUUCUCGGUGGAGUUUCGUGGGCCAUGUUGGUAGCAAGGACUUGUCAGUUGUACCCAAAUGCAGUUGCAUCUACUCUUGUCCAUAAGUUUUUCCUUGUGUUUUCUAAGUGGGAAUGGCCUAACCCAGUAUUACUAAAACAGCCAGAAGAAAGCAACCUAAAUCUGCCUGUUUGGGACCCCCGAGUAAACCCAGCUGACCGAUAUCACCUCAUGCCUAUAAUUACUCCAGCAUAUCCUCAGCAAAAUUCCACAUACAACGCUUCAACCUCAACCCGCACAAUUAUGGUAGAAGAAUUUAGACACGGUCUUGCUGUCACAGACGAGAUCCUCCAAGGCAAGGUGGACUGGUCUAAAUUGUUUGAACCGCCAAACUUUUUUCAGAAGUACAAGCAUUAUAUUGUGCUGACUGCCAGUGCAUUAUCUGAAGAACACCAUCUGGAAUGGGUUGGUUUAGUUGAAUCCAAAAUCCGUGUUCUGGUGGGAAACUUGGAGAGGAAUGAGUUCAUUACACUUGCACAUGUGAAUCCUCAGUCUUUUGUUGGAGCUCAAGAUCCCUUUAAAGAUGAGGAGUUUAUGUCCAUGUGGUUUCUUGGAAUCAUUUUUAAGAAAGUGGAGAAUGCCGACAGUGUCAACAUAGACUUAACACAUGAUAUACAGUCUUUCACAGACACGGUUUACAGACAGGCCAACAAUAUUAACCUGCUGAAAAAGGGAAUGACUAUUGAAGCCACUCAUGUGAGGAGGAAACAACUCCACCAGUAUCUUCCUCCAGAAGCUCUACAGAAGAGGAAGAAGCAAAGUGUUGCGGAAAUCACCAAGUUGUCUUCUGGUGUUUUAUCAAAGCGAUCAUCCUUGGAUGGUAACUGUCUGGACAGUUCUAGAGAUACAGAUACAGGGACGCCAUGUGAGUCUCCAACAUCCAGUCAUCCAACAUGCCAAAAAACGUCUAGAUCUAACAGUCCUACUCUCCAAGAAGUGCUCAGGAAGCCUGUAUCUGAGAACGCUCCAGCAAAUCACUUCCCUUCCACACAGAAACAAGUGCCUACAAAUACCGCUUGGGGACAGACCAUUCCUGUUAUUGGAUCAAAGUCGGAUCAUGCUAUCGCAGUGACCACCCCAAGUCCCACAACCUGCACAAUCCCAACUGUAAUAGGCCUUAAUGUUGUACCACCCCUUCCAUCACUGCCCAACCUCCCCCAGGGACAUCCUCACAGUGAAAUGGUAAAUAUAAGCCCUAAAAGUGCUGCGGCUAAGCGGACGCAUCCUCCAAGCCUAGAAACGUCUCCAAAGCGAUUGAAGGAUACAGAAAAGCUCCUGGGAGACUCUGCGUUUGUGCAGCCUUCUGAUCCUGAAACGGAGGAAAGAAAAGCCGUGGAAAGAAUAAUUGUUGGUGAAGCGAUGCCCAUUCCUACCAUUGACCGGGCUAGAUCACAGAGGCUACCCAGUAAAGAGCUGCCAGAUGCAUCUUCUCCUGUGCCAACCAGUAAUAUUCGAGUCAUUAAAAAUUCUAUCAGACUAACUCUAAACCGGUAACUACUCCUGCGUGAUCUGUAAAGCCAUAACGGAGCAGUUAUAUUGCAUUCAGUUUAUCCUGUCAAUAUUGUAAAAAGCUGUACAAAAUCAAUCAUGAAUUCUGUAUGUUAAAGGGGGGGAUUGAUCACUUUGCGCAUGCUUAUGGGUAGUGCCAAAGACUUGCUGGAACAAAGACCCCCAUUUGUUGUCUGUCCUCUUCGUCCCCAUCCUUGACAGUGACUGUGUAUCCAUCAAGAGCAAUCAUUUCUGUUGGUGGCAUCUGCUCUGCUGUCAAAUGAUGCAAUCUACAGAGGACGUCUUAAAGAAACACUUGCCCAAAAUUGUGGAAUAAUACGGGUUUCUCCCCUAUAUCACACACUGCCAUGAUAUAUUCUACAUAUAGUUUUAUAUCCCUUUUUAGAGUGUUUGCCUUUUUUUUUUUUUUGUAUAAAAUGAUAAAAAUAAAAAAAAAGGGGGGGCUUUUUGGAUUUUACAUCUUUAAAGGGGUUUUCCCAUCUCGGACAAUGGGGGCAUAUCGCUAGGAUAUGCCCCCAUUGUCUGAUAGGUGCGGGUCCCACUGCUGGGACCCGCCCCUACAAUGAUAAAGCGGCGGAGAAAUAAACGAAGGGCAUACUGCGCAUGCGCAGCAGCCCUCCAUUAAUUUCUAUGGGGCUGCCAAAAAUAGCUCAGCUAUUGCUGUCUGCCCCAUAGAAAUGAAUGGGAGCAUGGGCCCACGCAUGCGCUGUGCGCUCCCGUUCACUUCUCUGGUUCCAGCGUUUGGUAGACGGACCCUGGGAAAAGGGGCCUCCUGCCACAGCGCUCCCCGCUUCCUUCUCGUUGUAGGUGCGGGUGGGACCCGCACCUAUCAGACAAUGGGAGCAUAUCCUAGCGGCGAUAUGCCCCCUCUGUCUGAGAUGGAAAUACCCCUUUAAUGCCCUUUAAGUGUUUUUUUUUUUUUGUAUGUUUCUUUUUUUGAAAACUUUAUUUACAAAAUUGGAAAAAAAUGUUUUUGUAUCGUGAUUGUAAUGAGACGUUGUGUUCUGUUUUGUAUCAACUCUAUGUCUCUGCUUUUGUAAUUGUUUAUUCAUGAAAAAAGAAAACGCGUAUUGCUUUACAUUACCUCGUUUAUUGCCUAGGGAAGCUGAUUUUCCUGGGCUUGAAUAAGUGCAAAGCCUUGGUUUUCUCAGGCUUUUUGACAUUUUGCAUCUCUGCUAUCAAUGCAGAUGGACAGUUUUGUGUAAUAUCUGGAGAGCUAGAUACUGUAAUGUCUCCCGUGGAGACUGGUAAUGUAAAUGAUCAUUUAUUUCAAGGUUAUAUUUAGAAGGAUCCCUAAUUUUCCCUAAUUUAAUAUCAGAUUAAUAUGAAUAGUAUCUUAUUGUACAGUUCAUGGGAUUUCUUUACCUUGCUACCUCCAAACUCUAAAAUGCUCUGCUGCGGUUGUCAUGAUGGAACAAUUGCUUUUCAUCAGAAGUAACGCACAUGCCAUUUUUGUGGUGGCUUUUUCACCCAGUACCAGAAGUGGAUCUAGUAGGAAUGAGAAGUAGAAGUCCCUUUAUAUUUCCCGUUUCUUAAUAUAAUAACCCUUUAAGGCAUUGGUUUUCUCCACUUCUUUAUUAUAAAAAUAAAAAUAAAUUAUUAUUAAACAUUUUGCUACCACAAUUAUUAUAUCUCCUCUCCACAGGAUAGGCAAUAAGUGUUGCUGGGACUAUCAUGAUGACUAGUACAGUAAUGCAGCAGCUUCCAAGCUUAAAAACAGGCUUUUUUUUUUUUUUGCUUUUUUUUUUUUUGCCUGGACUAUAAGUGCUCUCCAUGUACUCUAUAUGCAGUCAGGUGAAUCCGACUAAGCGAUGCUUCUUGGUCGGGUGCUAUUAAUUUGGAUUAUUGUAGUGAGGGGAUGCUGUAUCUGUAACUUUGUAAUGUAUGGAAACCUCACAUCACUCCAUACAGACUCCUCACUGUGGUCAUGAGGAGCAGCAGAAGAUUCAUACCCUACUACUAGACAUGCAUGGGGCCCCAGUGGUGUAACAUUUAUCAUCGAUCCUGUGGAAUUGAAGUCCUAUGGCAGCAGUGAAACUGUGACCAACAAACCCGCGAUAGCUUCUUUCCUGCAGCAGAGAAUGCACCACUAUGCUUGGUUGUAUGACCAAAAACGCCAGCAGUAGGAAUAUCACUGGUCUACACUACUUUCCUCAGGAACUCUGUAUCAUCAGAGUUUAUACUAUGCAUUUUUUAUUUUAUUUUUUUCCAUUCAGUCUCCAUUUUAUUUCAGUGUUUUGCAUGCAUAGAAAUAUACCAGCUUAUCUACACAGCAGUUGUACUGAUACUUGCACUGUUUUGUAAUAUAAAACUAUUUUUGUAUGUAAAACUACAUCGCCUCUUCAAACUGCACAAAUAAAGCAAUACUCUCCCCAA